AUGAGUGAGGAGAUCCCCUUAACGAGUACGCCCUCCGAGACAGAAGGCCCGUGCUCCCCUCCCGCUCUCUUCAAAAACGCGCGGCCCGCGGAACGCGUAUCCACUAGCUCAUCGACAAGUGGCGGCUGGAACAAGCUCGACGAAUCGUCCGCCAUUUUCAAUUUCCACGAGCGGCCCGUGCGCGACGCGGGAUGGCGAUUUCUCCUCGUCGUGCCGCUCGUCGUGCUCGUCGGCCCGGGAUUCUACGCCUUCACCUCCUCUCUCUCCGACCCCCUCAGCCUCCCGUUUUAUCUUUUUGGAAUUCUGAUUGCGCUUCCCCUCCUCUUCGCCUGCAGCAUCCCCGUCCGCAUGUUGCUCGUCUCGUGGCUCAAACUCCCCGCUCUCGCCUUCAAGGUGCUCCUACUCCUCGCCGCCUUGAUUUUCGCCGUGAUCAGCACUAUCGUCGUAGCAGUUUUCCUCUCGUUGCCCGCGCCGCUACAUGCGGAGGAACGACUCCCGUCGUAUCAUGCGCCGUUUUCCGAGGAACCCACUGGCGCGUAUUCUCCAAAAUACAAGUGCGCAUUCACUGGCUGCUCUGUGGGCGCGGACGUUGCGGAAAGCGCGGAGGAGGGGAGCGAGGAGACGAACGAAGGCAGUGGCGGGAUAAUUGCGGGGGAACUGGGAGAGGAAGAGGGGGGGGUUGACAUGAUGAAUGAGUGGAUGGAAGGGGGCACAGUGGGGGAGAUGGAAGGGGAAGCGGAAGGUGAUGCGGAGGGGGGUUUGGAAGGGGGGCAAGGGUGUAUGGUUUGGCGCACGGGUGUGGAUGGGGGUACGGAGUGGGGAAUGGCGGAUUGUGUGAAAGGAGGUUCUAUGGAAGGGGAAACGGGGGCAGCAAUAGAAGGGGGCACAGAAGGGGGCAUGGACGGAGGCACGGAAGAGGUCUGGCUGCUUGUGGCGCUGCUUCUCUGCGCACACAUUGCCAUCCACUUCUUCCUCUACUGCCUCGUCCUCCCCACCAGUGCCAUGAGCGGCCAUGGCUUCACCCGCUCUCUGCGCCUCUCUUUCAACAUCCUGUGGCGCUUCUUCGCGCCCAUUGUCAUGGCCAAUGCUGCUGGACUCCUCCUGAAUGUCAUGCUGAUAAUUCCCAUGUAUUUCAUAUAUGCAAUAGCCGGGCUAAUUAUGGUCUUUGCCACGAUGCUAACAGGAGAUGGCUUGAUGGUGCUAGCUGGUUUUAUCUUGAUAAGCAUGGUAAUUGCCGUGGUUUCUCUUCUCUCCACCAUAGCGCUCUCCUCUGUCCUCACCACAGGGGUCACCACUACAGUUCUGUGUUUUGCCUGGGAUAAAAGACUUGAGCCAGAGGAGGGCUCUGAUGCUGCUGGCCUGGUUGCUGGUGGUUCCCUAUCCUUUGCUGAUGUGAAGGAUAUUAGCGCAGUGUAG